AUGAAGGUGCUCCUCUCUCUUGCUCUUGCUUUCGUAGCUCUGGACGCUUCUCAGGCACACGCCUCUUGGAGCUUCAUUACUGCCACUGGCCUUACUGCCGAGGAAUGCGCUGGUCUUACCAUUUUGGCAGGAGUCAAUUGCUGUCCAACAAAACAAGAUCCGGCAAUUUGUUUUCUCUGUAAUUCCGCAGAAGCUACCUUCAAUGCAGACAAGGCAAUUCCUGAUAGUGAGGUGCCAUCCUGCGGUAUCAUCGAUGCUAUGCUAUCUUAUGCCGAAAGUGAGGCAAACUGUACCGCAGGGAAGGCAGAAUUUGACACAUCUUUCAACCUUGCCUCGUUUUGCGAAUGUUCGGAUGUUCCUGCACCAGAACUUUGCAAGGUCUGCGAUGACAAUCAAGUUGUCACCACAAACACGACAGCAGUUGUUCCCGAUGGGGAUGGUCUGACAUGCAUUGAGGGGUUCGAAUUUGCAAGGCAUGUUACCAACCAGACAGUUUGCGACGGAAUUGAAACUGAUGAAUCCAAGGCUGCAUGCUGCGUUGAGGCCUCGAGUGGAAUCAGCCUGUGCAUGAAGAGUCUUGUGGUUGCUGCCACCUUGCUUCUUGGAGUUAUGUAUGCCAUCUGA